AUGGCGGGGUCGGCUGGGGACGCGCCGGAGACCGCGGGGGGCCAGCCGGGGGCCCCCCAGCCCCAGGCCCCGAGCGCGCCGCCCGGCUUCCGCGUCUACAGGCGCCGCUGGAUCUUCCUGCUGGUGCUCAGCCUGCUCAGCCUGUCCAACGCCACGCUGUGGCUGAGCUUCGCGCCCGUCGCCGACACUGUCGCCAAGCGCUUCUCCCUGUCCAUCGGGCAGGUCAACUGGCUCUCGCUGGUCUACCUGGUGGCCUCUGUCCCCUUUGGAGUGAUGGCUAUCUGGUUUCUGGACUCCAUUGGGCUCCGUGGUGCGACCAUCCUGAGUGCCUGGCUCAACUUCCUGGGAAGCGGGCUGCGUGCUCUGCCCGGCGCCCGCGUCUCGGUCCCGCCCCCGUUCUUCUACCUCAUGGCCGGACAAAGCCUCUGUGCCCUGGCCCAGACCCUGGUCAUCUUCUCACCAGCCAAACUGGCUGCCCUGUGGUUCCCUGAGCACCAGCGAGCCACAGCCAACAUGAUCGCCACCAUGUCGAACCCCUUGGGCAUUCUCCUGGCCAAUGUGCUGUCACCUGCUCUAGUCAAGAACGAGGAUGACAUCCCGUUGAUGCUCGGCAUUUAUGUGAUCCCUGCUGGCAUUGCCUGCCUCCUGGCCACCACGUGCCUCUGGGAGAGUGUACCGCCCACCCCUCCCUCAGCCGGGGCUGCCAGCUCCACUUCGGAGAAGUUCUUUGCUGGGCUGAAGCUGCUGGUGCUGAACAAGGCCUACAUCAUCCUGGCGCUGUGCUUCGGGGCUGCUGUUGGGAUUUUCUCCGCCUUCUGCGCCCUGCUGGAGCAGAUCCUCUGUGUGCAGGGCUACUCCAAUGAUUUCUCUGGCCUCUGUGGGGCCCUCUUCAUUGUGGCUGGCUUCCUGGGGGCGCUGGGUCUGGGCCUGUAUGUGGACCGAACCAAGCAUUUCACGGAGGCCACAAAGAUCGGCUUCUGCCUGAUGUCCAUGGCCUGUGUGGCCUUCUCAGUGGUGUCCCAGCUGCAAGGACAGGCCAUCUGGCUGGCCGUUGUCUGCUUUCUGUUUGGUUUCUUCGGCCUGUCCAUCGCGCCCGUAGCCACGGAGCUGGUUGUGGAGUGCUCCUUCCCCGUGGGCGAGGGCGCCUCCACGGGCCUGGUCUUUGUGCUAGGGCAGAUUGAGGGCACACUCAUCAUGGUGCUGCUGACUGCGCUGACCGUGCCCCGGAAGGGGCCCUCCUUCUCCACCUGCCAGCAUGGGGAGGCCCCACUGGACUGGACAGUGCCGCUGUUGGUGAUGGCUGCCCUGUGCACCGCGUGCAGCUGUGUCUUCGUCAUCUUCUUCCACACCCCGUACCGGCGCCUGCAGGUGGAGGCCAACGCCAGCCCCUCCAUCCAGGAGGUCACCGUCCCUCCGUGGCAGUCGCACCCCCAGCCCCCCGCCACGCACCCACAGCCGGUUCUGCAGUCUGUGUAGGGGAGCAAGCUGCCAGGGAAGCAAGCUGCUGCUUCACUGGCCACAAGCCCCACCAAGCCCAGGACCCCAGGGUCGAGGCGGCCCACCAGGUCCACCAGCGGAGGGUGCAGGCUGCCAGGGACAAGAGGCAGACUUUUCUGACACAGAACUUGCUGGAAGCCUGGCCUGGAAAGGCAGGGCACACCCUAGACGGCCGCCCAGAGCCAGGGGCAGGGGCCAGCUCCCUGUGGACUCCCGGGGACGCCCAGCCCACGAUGGCCUCAGGAUGAGGACACACUGUGGCUGCAGCCAUGGGGGCCGGUUCUAGUGGGACCUAGAGAGAUCAAUGGAUGCCUUGGUGGACAGCAUGGACCUGGGGGGCGGGGCCCUGGGAAGCUGGAUCUGGGGGGCAGGGGCGGUGUAGAAUCUGG